CCUAGCUCCGCGCGUCAUUGACCCAUGUGGGUGGGCACGCCUUAUUUCUAGGAGGCGAGGGAGCGCCCACCGGAGACAUCCCGCGGCACGGCAAUCCUUUUCCAUCCGGCGGUGAAAGGAAUCCAUCCCCUCGCCAUCUUUAGCUCGACCCCUCGCCAUCCAAAUCUCCGGUGCCCGGCCAUUGAAGCCCGCGUCCGUUCCGUCCCAACCCAUUCCGCCGCCCUGAUCCGCCCGCCCGAACCGACCAUGACGGUGUCGCCGCCGCCGUCGCCGUCGCCGCUGCUGCCGCCGGCGGGGGAGCCGUUCCGCGUGUUCGUGGGGUACGACCCGCGGGAGCACGAGGCGUACGAGGUGUGCCGCCGCAGCCUGCUGCGGCACGCCUCGAUCCCGCUCGACGUGCGCCCCAUCCGGCAGCCGGACCUCCGCGCCGCGGGGCUCUACUGGCGGGCGCGCGGGCCCACCGAGAGCACCGAGUUCUCCUUCACGCGCUUCCUCACCCCCUACCUCGCGGGCUACCGCGGCUGGGCGCUCUUCGUCGACUGCGACUUCAUCUACCUCGCCGACCUCGCGGGGCUCCUCGCCGCCGCCGCCCCGCCGGGCGCCGACGCGGCCCGCCUCGCCGUCGCCUGCGUCAAGCACGAGUACCAGCCCGCCGAGGCCACCAAGAUGGACGGCGCCAUCCAGACGGUGUACCCGCGCAAGAACUGGUCCUCCAUGGUGCUCUACAACUGCGCCCACCCCAAGAACGUCGCCGCGCUCACGCCCGACGCCGUCAGCACCCAGACCGGCGCCUUCCUCCACCGCUUCGCCUGGCUCGACGACGACGAGAUCGGGGAGGUGCCCUUCGUCUGGAACUUCCUCGUCGGCCACAACAGGGUCGACCCCGCCGACCCGGACACGCGGCCCAGGGCCAUACACUACACCUGCGGCGGCCCGUGGUUCGAGCGCUACAGGGACUGCGAGUUCGCCGACCUCUGGAUCAAGGAGGCCGAGGAGCUCAGGGCCGAGAAGGAGAAGCUCAAGCUCCUCGAGGACAAGGACGCCGACGAGGAGGCCAAGAACAAGGAGGGGAAUUGAUCGAUUGGUUAGUCAUACCGCAUUAGAUUGGUUCGUUUUUCGCUGCAGAAAUCUCAUUCUUUUUCUCCUCAGCAUUCUAUUCAUUUCACGCGCCAAUGUAGUUUAUUUCAUGGAUCUGAUUGUUGAUACUGAUAUGUCGGGAGAUUAGGAUUGGAUGGGUAGGCUAUGGGUGGAUAGCUGGAGUGAGUAAAUUGAUGGUAGUAUACUCCGUAGCUUCUGUGUAGCUGCAAUUGGCCGGUUCUAUGAGUGCUCAUCGUUAAGGAAUAACAAACGUAUUUUUCCAGCAUUGCCCGAAUGAUGA